UUCAGUUUUAAAUGUUCGGUCUUGUUAGUAAGGAUGAAGCGAUUGCUGCUUUUGAUUUAUUUUGUAACGAGGCAUGUUAUUUCGAGUGUAGUAUCAGUCGAAACCAUUUGCGGUGAGCGAAACGAUCCUAGCUGGAAAUGGAAUGUAAGGAUAAUUGAUAGGAUGCCCGUACGCGAUUCGAUACUAUGCGAUGCUACAUUAAUGAACGAUCAAUUUGUGUUAACUGUUGCCCACUGUUUGUAUGAUCUGAACGGUGAACCAAUUGACAUCCGGCAACUAUGGCUUUUGAUGGCGGACGGAUCUGAACUGUUAAUUAAAAAAUUAUAUUUUCCAAAGCAGUUCAACGUGGAAGAACUGGAGAAUGAUUUGGUGUUAAUCAUGCUGAAUCGUCGGGUGAUAUUUAAUGCGUUAGUGGGUCCUGUUUGCAUACCUGAAACUAACCGAGUUCAAAUUAAAAAUAUUGUUGUACCUUUGCGUGAGAGUGAAAUCCUACCGGUAAACGAUCCGGAAACUUGUCAAAAUAAUACAGCCAAAAUAUUCCAAAAGACAUACUCGGCAGCACUCUGCCUGGGAUUGUUCAAAGAAACCCACAAGUUUAACCGAAACGCUGGCAACGGUUUAUUUAAGUAUGAUGCAGGAAAAUGGUUUCUAAUUGGUGUGCAAAUGUUUGCUUCCGGAGAAAUCAAAGACCAACCAGAAUAUAUUGGAGCUAUCGCAUUACAACCCUAUGGAUUGUGGCUAAAACGGAUUUUAAAUUACCAUUCAAAACUACCCAGCUUCAGCGAAAAAGAGUGCGAAAAACUUCCCCUUCAAGAGAGCCGUCAGGUUAAUGACAAAUUUGCAUCGUACAGUCAUCCAACGGUUAACCUAUUGGAAUCACAAGGAAGUACUGCACGUACGAUUUGUCACGGUAUCCUAAUCAGUUCUCAAUUUGUACUAACAACAGCAAAAUGCGCUCGAAAAACAAAAACCGUGUUCAUUUCAUAUGGAAACCAAAACUUUGAGGGAUUCAAUAAUUUGACAUUUUACUACGAGCAAUGGGACGAAAAACUAGCUCUCAUUGACCUACAAAAAACUGUAAGAAUUCCUAAACUUUUGCUGAGCUGCUUAUGGAUUGAAAACGAUGCAGACAAUUUUACUUUCACUUCUCAAAUUAUCCACCAAAAUUCGUUUACUCACAUCGAAGGCAUCCAGGUGCAAUAUCGGACAAACUUUCCGCUUCAGGUGAAAUACUAUUGCUCACGGUAUCUUUACACAGGGCAAUUCACAAUUGCCGGCGAUGUAUUGACUAUCAGGGAACAGCAGAAUAACAAGCGCGAUCGAGUGAUAGGAAUUCUAGAUGAUGAACUGAGCUGUGAGCCUUGGGAUUAUUUUUACGAACGGCCAAAAACAGUAGAAGGCAUAAAUAUCAAUAUAUAUUUACCUUGGAUCGAAGAUGUCGUAUGGCGAAACUGAAUUAAGCAAACAAGCCAUUCGAGCAAAUUAGCAAUCCAGUAAUCUAGUAAAAUAUUAUACAAUGACGAAAUAAAUUACGAAUUACAAUAUACUUAUUAAUUUGAGAUAAGUAUGACUCUAGAUAAGUAUGACUCGGAUUUUCAUUUUUUGUAAAUAAAGUCAAUAACGCAAUUCCAGAAUCCAGAACCAGCUUUGGAGGUCUUGUUAUUUGAUGGCCAAACGAACCGAUUUCCGUAAUACCGGUCACCGGGUCUGAAGCAAUUACAUUAUUUAAAAAAAUAAUACGCGAUUUGACAAGCAAUUUGCUCAUGUGAAAAAACCACUCCAAUUGCGACAACCGGGACGAUCAACGGCUCGUAUAUUUUUUUGAAGAAAAACAGUUCGUUCAAUUCACUAAAUUAAAAAAAUACAGUACAUCGACUUUGAAAAAACUAUUUGGUAAGCUCACAAUACCAC